AUGGAAGUAGAAACGCUGAUCGGCAGUUCCAAACUCCUCAAGUAUUGGCCAUCUUUUUUGAUGGGAUUGGUGCUUUUUUUCUCCAUCAAAUAUUUAAUGAAGAAUCAUAAAAGAAAAUCUCAUCAAAAAUAUACGCUAGAUAAUGAAGAGGAUAUAGAAGUGGAAGAAACAGAUGAUCUUCAACCCGCCUUGGAGGAGAAACCCCACGUUUCAUUUGUGGCCGGAUUGAAUCUUAAUCCGAAUGGAGCUGAACGCUUCUAUAAAUUAGUCCAGGGACGUCGCAGUAUUCGCUCCUUUAGCAGCCAUCCCAAACCAGAUCUGAGCAUUAUAGAGGACUGUAUCCGGGCAGCGGGAACAGCUCCUAGUGGAGCCCAUACUGAGCCUUGGACAUUCUGCGUUGUGGAAGACCCAGAAGUAAAAAAAACAAUUCGAGAAAUAGUAGAACAGGAGGAGCUGAUGAACUACAGCCAACGGAUGCACCCGCAGUGGGUCACGGAUUUACGCCCCCUGCAAACAAAUCACAUUAAAGAGUAUCUGACUCUGGCUCCAUAUCUGAUACUGAUCUUUAAGCAAACCUAUGGCUUGACCUCGGAUGGGCGACGGAAGAGGCACUACUACAACGAGAUAUCCACAUCCAUAGCCGGAGGUAUACUUCUGUGCGCUCUCCAGGCCGCUGGAUUGGCUUCCCUCGUCACCACUCCAUUAAACUGUGGACCUGCUUUGAGAACCCUGCUCCAGCGACCGGUGAAUGAGAAACUACUUAUCCUUCUGGCCGUUGGAUAUCCUUCGGAGGACUGCAAAGUUCCUGACUUGCAACGAAAACAGUUGUCGGAUAUAAUGGUAAAAUAUUAAUU